UUGGCCACGCUCUGGUGCGGGUCCACCGGGUGUGAGGUUGAUCGGCCACCCUGGGGUGCGGGUCCCGGGGUGGGCCACGUCACGUUUAAAGUGUCCCCUGGGGAGCAGAGACAGUGCUGAACGCCGGACAGCACCCUACCGACCAACACGGAGCCAACAGGCCGAAUGGCCUCGAUAGCUGAGCGACCGGCUCCACGGGGCGGUCAUUCGGUGCCAGAAGAAGGCCAAGCUGGAGCCCGGGGCUCGGACACGCUCCCGUGGCAGCAGCGUCGGCCCCGGGUGGGGCGCCGGGAGCGGGCGCGGGCGCGAGCGCGACGGCGCCUCUUCAGCCACGCUCGCUGUGUGAGGCCCGGACGCGGCCGCCGGUCAUUUCCUCGCCGCUCUGAGGAGAGCAGAACUGGGACAGUAAUGGCCACCGUAAAUGGGACAUCAACAGUUUCCUCCUCCGUUCAGCCCAUCACCAUCAAGGAAGAGCCUGAUUUAUGGAGUAAAGAUGACCUGCUGUGGUUAUUGGAUCGAAUAAAAGGCCUCAUCCCCGAGGGAGACUGCAUGAAGUACAAGACCACUGAGUCUCACUUCAACUGGGAGAAAGUCGCAUUUGGACCCUUCACAGCAGAAAUGUGCCGUUUGAAAUGGCUGAAACUGGCCUGUGAGAUCAGAAAAUAUCGCACGCUGAGCGAACUGCUGGAUGAUGCAGAGGAGCUGGUGAAAAAUCCAUAUAAGGGCAAGAAGCUGAAGACUCAUCCUGAUUUUCCCAAGAAGCCACUGACUCCAUACUUCCGAUUCUUCAUGGAGAAAAGAGCCAAAUAUGCCAAGAUUCACCCAGAAAUGAGUAACCUGGACUUGACAAAAAUCCUCUCCAAGAAAUACAAGGAGUUGCCAGAGAAGAAAAAGCUCAAGUACAUUCAGGAUUUCCAGCAGGAGAAGGGGCAUUUUGGGCAGGCAAUGGCCAAAUUCAGAGAUGAACACCCUGAUCUUCUUGCUGAACGCAAAAAGUCAGAUAUUCCAGAAAAGCCAAAAACGCCACAGCAGCUGUGGUAUAAUCAUGAGAAGAAGGCUUUCCUUAAAGUCCAUCCUGAGGUAAGUCCAAAGGAGCUGAAGGACGCCUUGCGCAGGCAGUGGUCUCAGCUGGCCGACAAGAAACGUCUCAAGUGGAUCAGUAAAGCCCUGGAGUUGCAGAAAGAAUACGAGGCUGCAAUGAGGGCUUACAUUGAGGCUCACCCUGAUCUCACCUUCGAGGAACCCACCAAGUCUGUUCUCACCAAAGCUGAGCGACAGUUGAAGGAUAAAUUUGAUGGACGGCCGACGAAGCCACCACCGAAUGGCUACUCUUUAUACUGUGCAGAACUGAUGGUUAACAUGAAAGAUGUCCCCAGCACUGAACGUAUGGUGCUGUGCAGCAAGCAGUGGAAAGUUAUGUCACAAAAGGAGAAGGACAUGUACCAGAAACGGUGUGAGCAGAAGAAGAAACAGUAUGAAUUGGAGAUGCAGAGGUUUCUUGAGAGCUUGCCAGACGAAGAACGGGAAAGAGUGCUGUUGGAGGAGAAGAUUGGGGGAAACAAAGUCACAAACAAUGUUACAGCAAGUGCACAAAAUAAUGGCUCCCAGCGGCCAAAACCCAGCACUCCAAGCUUGCCAGCAUCACCAACCAGCAAGAGUAUCCCUGACCGGCCACUGCAGCCCAUUUCUGCCAUGUUCCUUUUCUUCCAGGAGAAACGGAAGAAGAACCCCAAUCUGACAGAAAGUGAACUAACCCGCCAGUUGGCCAGGAUGUGGAACGAACUAUCAGAGAAGAGGAGGGAGAAGUACAAAAGGAUGGAAAGGGCCCUGAAAGCAGAACACGAGCAGAAAAUGCAGAAUUUCCUAAAAGAGACGAAGGAUGCCGGGGUCUCACGGAAAGCUCCGCUGCCCGAAUCCCCCAAGACAGCUGAGGAGUUAUGGGGGCAAGCGGUGCUUAGAGAUUACCUCAUCAAGUACCAGAAUGAUCGCAAGAAGGUGCAGUCAGCGAUGAAGGCAGCCUGGAAGGCCAUGGAGAAGGAGGAGAAGAUUCCUUGGAUUAAGAAGGCAGCAGAUGACCAGAGGAGAUAUGAGAGGGAACUGUCAGAGAGUCGGUGUACAACAGGCACAGCUCCACCAAGCAAGAAGCUGAAGUUUGAUGGGGAACCGAAGAAGCCACCGAUGAGUGGUUACCAGAUGUUCUCCCAAGAGCUGCUGACGAGUGGCGAGCUGAGCCACUUUGGGCUCAAGGAGAGGAUGGUGGAAAUUGGACGCAGGUGGCAAAAGCUCAGCCAGACCCAAAAGGAUGUGUACAAGAAGCACGUGGAGCAGCAGCAGCAGGAGUACAAGGCGGAGCUGGAGGUCUGGCUCAAGUCACUCUCCCCACAAGAGAGGGCUCUGUACGUGGAGUACACCGCCACGAAGCGCAAGGGGUCGGGUAAGGUCGGGGGUCCCUCAGCCAAAGCCAGAGCCAUGGGCCACGUCAGCUCGGAAUCAUCAGAGGAUGAUGAUGAUGAUGGUGAGGAGGACGACGAGGAUCCUGACAGGAGUGACUCUUCUGAUUCCGAUGAGGAUGGAGUUGAUUCAUCGGGAACUUCUGACAGUGGAUCCAACAGCGAUGAUGCGAAUGAGGAGGAGGAGGAUGACGACGACCAGUCUGAGGCUAGCUCUUCUGCCUCGUCAUCGUCCUCUUCCUCUUCCUCGGAUGAUGAGGGCUCUGACUCUGAUUCCGACUGAUACCUGUUUCGGAGGGUCGGUGCAAUAGUUGGUGAGCGCAGCACUGGACUCGUUACUGUGGCAGACGUGGAUUGGGCUCUGGAUAUUUGAGAAGCUCCUGUCAUGCCUCCCAAUGUCACCAGGACCUCAGCUCUCUGGACGUCUGUGUCACAGCCUGUGGUCUGGGUAUGACCUACUGUAAACAUACUGGUUUCUCCUUGUGACUGGCAGCUCCUCGACCAUGGAUAUUUACAGUUCUUUUAAUGUUUUACUCUACUGCCAUUGUUUGGAUCAUAAAUCCUGUCUGCAGUGCUGGGUGAGGACCUCAAGCCCUGAGCCAUAUGGAUCAGUAACACCUUGAUCAAGUGUGACGUUAACCCAGAUGCCCGGUCCUCUACUCCAGAUCUGUCCGGCAUGUCAUUUCACUGCCUGAGGAUUCAGUUCCUUGAGUUUGACCGCACUGCAGUUGUUGCUGGGGGUGAUUUUCAGGGGGAGGGACAGAUGAGUUUGGAUUCCCCAGUGGAAUUGAACUUGGAAAUUUGAGGCUGAUCGUUGCUUUAUCUGCUCCUGGGUGAAGUUAUUUCGGCACAGAGCAACUUCAGUAAUGGGACCAACGAGGGUUGUACUGUAGAUGAACGUUCAGCAUAAUAUUUCUUUGUUUAAUGUUGUUGCCUGAGGAUUCUGCUGACUGAACUGCCCUCAAGAUAUUUAAUGGGUAGGCUUUGGUUUGGAGAGUUCCAGCUUGUCUUCAAUUCCUCGCAGUAGGUUUUGCCUACAGGGUUGCGGUUUAGUUCCAUGUUUAUAAGAGGUAGGUGUGGCAGAUGAGCCCAGCCUUCAUCACCCAGCCCUGUUUGGUCCUGAGGGAAUGGGAGUAAGUUGGGUUCUGGAGCCCAUGUUGCCUAUGUUUGUAUUGUGCUGUUCAGACCCAGAGAUGGUGUGGGAUCGGAAGUGAGGGUUCCAGCAGGAGGUGGGUUUGGAGGGUAUUGCUGCAGUAUCCUCAUCUGGAAACUGUGGUAUAAAAUGGAGGGAGGAGUGACAGGGUGGCCAAUAACUAGUUGCUCUGUAUUGGACAGUGACAAAGCUUGAGUGAAACAUGCUGUCACCCAGGCAAGUGGAGAGUGUUCCAUCACACUCCUGACCUGUGGAUGCUCGACAUGUCUGGGGGUGACAUGAGCAGAGGUGAGUGGGGUAGGUAUAGGAGAUGAAAUGAGAGUUGGUGGGGGGGGGGUACUGCUUGACUGGACAAUGUUGGGGCAGAUUCUAGGGACAGGAGGGGAAUGGGUAGAAGCAGAAAGCACCCCAGGGAAUGGGGUCGAUUUUAUGUUUCCCUCUUGUAAAAAAUCAUGAUCAACUUAGCCAGAUGGUGUAGCAAAGGUUCGGUGGGCAGGAGAGACUUCAAUUACUGGCAUUAAAUGACUUUUAAUAUGUUUAGUUACAAAUCUGUAUCAUUUACUUUUAUGUAAAGGACCAGGUGGUCUUCCCAACUUUAGACACUCCAUGCUGGACCACAGGCUGUAAACUUUGUUCACAUCUUGUGUUUGAAAGUUUGACUGUGUUGCUGUGAUUUUUUUGCGGCAGUUUUAUGUAGAAAGUUGCUUAAUGUAAUUCCAAAGCUGCUUGGGGAGCAGAUCCUGGGGCCAAGCAGUACUGUGGAAAUCCUGUAAUUCGUCCAGUGGGACAUUGUGGAAAACAGGUUUAAAAUGGAGUUGCGAACUAUCAGUGCUUCUAUUGAAAUGACAAGAUCCUACAUGGUUUCUGAUGCUAACCAAGGCAGCUGGCAACUUCACAAUAAACCUCAGUUGAAAACUAAUGUUGUGUGCCUCCUGUUAAACAUACUUUAACAUAAAAACCAGCACCAGCCAAUACUCCUGGCAGUGCAGAAGCUAAAACAUCAAACAUAGUUCCUGGUCUGAGUAACCUGUACCUAUCAGUGUUGUAAGCAGACAGGCAAGUUAUGAGCACCAUGGCCUUUCAGUCUUUGGAAUCUGCACCACCUCUCAGCAAUGUCACAACUGAUCCGAGUGUUCAAGGCCAUUUUCAUACCUUUCUUCUGUUCUUUUUUUUAAUAGUGCAAGCACCAGGCUCAGCCAGCAAGUGUUUGUCUGGGGGAAAACAACUUCUG